AUGGGAAGGAAGCCAUCUGGAUCCCGGAAGUCUUCUGUGCAAGACAUCACCAAAUAUUUUGAUAAGAGGAAGGGCCAACAGAAAUCAGUUGCGCCCGCCAAUCAGAGCCGUCCCACGAGUGGUUUCCUAGUCCGGCAUUCUGCUGAACCGGACUUGGCGAUUGGAAACCUUCCCAUCGGCUGCAACACAGGCACCAGGAUCCACAAGAGAGGCAGCAACAGAGGGCAACAAUGUGAGACUCACAAUCUAGAUCUUCCAAUGAGCCCACUCGCCCCAAAGGAAGUGGCACCUCAACUAGUGCCUAUGCCAGCAUCAGCACCUGUGUCCACUGACCGUGUCAAGGAAGCAGCAUCGUAUAUGCAGUGGCUUGCAAAUGCAUCAAAGGAGCCAGAAACCCACACAAUUGAACAAGGGAGGACAACCUUCUUGGGGACGACUGGCAGUGAGGACAGACGGCUUGGAGAAACACCUUUCAAGACACCACAACGCCAGCCCCCACCAGUUGUAUCUGCCCACUCAACAGGAAAAGGCAAAUACGGUGGCAGUGUCAGGGCGCAGGCUGUGCAAUCAGGGACUGCAAAGUCAGGAGCACAGAAAAGGCGUCGUAUGGAGGCGAUUCUGCGCACCUUAGAGGUUAACAGCCCAACAUCAACACAGCCUCAGAAUAGCUUCGCAGCAAGGGUGAUAGCGGUCAGGACAACAUCUGCAGGGUUGUUAGAAGGUGAUGUCAUUGGGACGCCUGUGCACCAGACGAUGCCUGAGCACCAGCUGCCAUCCCCCAUGCCCCAGUAUGCCACCUGCCAGCCCUCAUCGUCGUUGGACACUUGUGGGCUGGAUCAGAAUGUGAUGACAACACCCGUUCGGCAAUGUGGGGAGCGUUCCCAAGGGCGCUCACCAUUGGGUCCUGGCAGCAAGAUGCUGAAUACCACCCAGAAAAGGACUGCUGAGGAGAUGGAUGAGUUCAUGAGCCAGGUGAUGGUCAGUGGCUGGAGUCCUUUACUCCAGUUAGAAAACUCACCUGAUGGGCUUGACCAGCGUUGCAGCCAAGGAAGGCUCAGUGUCAGAGGAGGGAAACUGAAACCGCCAGGCUUGGAGUGGCGGAGUGCUUUGUCUGAGCACCUCGAUUACGACACAUUGGUUGAGGACAGAAAACGAAUGCGCUUUAUAGUGUCGAGUGUGGAAUUUAGGAAUAAUGAGAAAAUUGCAGAGCUGCGCAAUGAGUACAAGGGUGAUGAGGUCACUGCACAUUUGACUGGUUCCUGGUACUACACACCGUUGCAAGCUGGUGACAGUGUCAAUUUGCUUGCUUCUAUCAAAGACAUCAAUGGCAGCAAGCACGCAUUCCUGGAUUCUGUGGACGACCUGCUGGUGCUACAUCCGGACUUCUUGAUCUCAGGAACCCGGACAACGUCUGCGAUACGCUGUCUACGGCAAGCCGCCAUUCAGGAGUGGGUGGACAUGAAGGACCCAAAUGACAGGGCACUCAACGGCACGAUGACACAUGAACUGUUCCAGUUUGCCCUGAAGCAACAAGUAUCAUCAGGCACUACACGUUCCCAGCUGUUGGAGGAAGCACGGGCCAUCACAUGCCGCCACAGCAGAGAGCUUUUUGAAGUUGGGCUGGAUGAGCAAAUGAGCUUUGAGGCACUAACAAGGCACAUUCCUUCCAUCCUUGGCUGGUUGCAGACAUAUGUUGGAUCGUGGCCAAAAGCCUGCGCAAUGGCAAAACCAGCAAAUGGACCAACACAAGAGGGGACAAAGAUCAUAUCCAUACACAAUGUGGAAGACACAGAAGAGUCCAUCUGGGCGCCUGCUUAUGGCUUGAAAGGCCAAAUUGAUGCCACGUUGCGAAUAAGAGUCUCAAACAAGAGCACAUGUUGCCACACAAGUGCAAGAUCACUGCACAACGGUUCCAUCGAAGCUAACAACCAUGAGAAGGCAUGGAGCAGCCUGAACAUUCGACCAUCUUCAUUUGGCAAUCCUCCCACCGGCCAUCGAGGCCCCAGUGCAAGCAUUCCAUCUUCUGGUUCCAGCCUUGGAGUUCAUGAAUGUCUUGAGAGGCCCUUUGGAUGCUUUGUGUCCGAAAGUUCACAGUGUGCUGGGCAAGAUGCUGGUGGAGUUUCUAACGGAAAGAAAUUCCAAAAGGGAGAGGCUGGCACAGCUGCAGAAACAGGCAUUAUUGCACCACUUGAAUUCAAGACUGGAAAGGCAUUUUUCGCACAUGCUGCACAGGUUGCCCUCUAUUUGCUACUUCUUUCAGAACGGUACAAGACUACAGUGAAUUUAGGUUUUUUGUGGUAUGUGAACCAACCCACCAUGGAGGGGGUGCAGCAUGUCCCUUCUGAGAUUGCAUCGAUCAUACAGCAGCGCAAUGCCUUGGUGCAUCAUCUGGCUCAAAAGGAGGUGAAGUUGCCAGAUAUGCUGGGGAAUGAGCGUAUUUGCAGCAAAUGCCCUCAGAAUCGGGAGUGUUCAGUCCUGCACAAGGCGAUUGAUGGCGGUUCACUGACAAGUUCUGGCAUGGGCCCUCUCUUUGAGCAGUUCACAUCACAUGUCAGUCCCAUGUAUGCAGAGUUCCUGCAGCAAUGGUUGCGUCUGACGGAUCUAGAAGAAGGCGGUUCCAAACACAAGUCCAGUGACAUAUGGGCAAUGUUGGGGGAGGAGAGGGAAGCAGCUGGUGGUGGCUGUGUGGCGGGACUCACCCUGCAGGGCUGCUUAGAAAGCGACUCUGAAAGGUAUCUGUACUUAUUUCAAUCACAACUUUCAGGCCAGCAUCGACGCCAAUGUAACGACCAUUUUUCCACAGGUGACAUGGCAAUUCUGAGCUUGGAUGGACAGCAUGCCUGUGUGGCAAGGGUUGCAGUUCAUUCGCUUCAGAAGGAUGGAGUUGUGCUGUCAUUGAAGCGGCCUCUGAGCCAUCGAUGGCAAACUCGCUAUCGCGAAGGGCCCUGGCGUAUUGACAAGGACAGCUCCAAAUCUGUCUUCAAGCAGAUGCGCUCCAAUUUGGUGGAGCUAAUUUCAUCGCAAAAUCUGCAUGAACAACGUCUCCGAGAGCUCAUAGUGGAACUACAACCACCUCGACAGUGCAGCCCUUGCCAUGUGGGGCAAUCACACACAUGCCAGCAACUGUCUCCCAUGCAUGGGUUAAAUAGGAACCAAAUGCAAGCCAUACAGUAUGUGGUAGACGUCCAAGAUUAUUGCCUGAUUCUUGGAAUGCCAGGGACUGGCAAGACGACAACGAUCGCCAAUGCUGUGAAGGCACUGGCCUCCAGCGAGUGCUCAAUUUUGGUCACGGCAUAUACCAACAGUGCAGUGGACAACAUUCUUCUCAAGCUUGCAGCAUUGGGGGUAACCUUCAUCCGCCUGGGAAGAAAUGAGAGCAUACAUCCUGACCUGCACCGAUAUACUCUUGGAGGCACUCACUACCCAGACACCUCAACCGCUGGCCUGAAGGAAAUCUGUCAGAGCAUCAAAGUGGUUGGUGUGACAUGCCUCAGCAUUAACCAUCCCCUGCUGGCUCACAGGAGAUUUGAUGUUUGCAUAGUUGAUGAGGCAGGUCAAAUCAGCAUGCCCUGCAUAGUAGGCCCACUCUGCAGAAGCCAACGUUUCGUUUUGGUUGGGGAUGCUCGACAACUGCCCCCUCUUGUCUGCAGCCCAAGGGCGCUGGAGGAGGGGCUGGGGGUCAGCCUCUUCGCCAGGCUCUCAGAGGCCCAUCCUCAGGCUGUAACUGCACUGCGCUGCCAGUAUCGAAUGUGCUCAGACAUCAUGCUCCUUGCCAACGAGCUGGUGUAUGAAAACGAAAUGAUCUGUGGGUCAGACGAGGUGGCCAACAGUAGAAUCGACAUACCGAAUUGGGGGCCCAUCAGCGAGAACUACAGAGAAUGGGUGCACCAGACACUCCAGCCGUGCAGUUCAGUGAAGUUCCUGGACACUGACCUCAUUGGACUCCAGGACUCCAGAGCCUCGGAGUCGACGAUCAACGAAGGCGAAUCACAAAUAAUUGUUCAUCUCGUGCGCGCUCUGUUGGGUGCCGGAGUCGCCUCUCAGGAUAUCGGGGUCGUUUCCCCAUACCGUGGCCAAGUGGUGUUGCUGACGCAGGCACUCCUUGAAGCAGCUGUUGAUGGCGUUGAGGUGUUGACCAUUGACAAGUACCAGGGGAGGGACAAGAAAUGCAUGUUGAUUUCAUUUGUUCGCUCCAACCAGCACAGGGCCGCAGGCCAGCUUCUUGCUGAUUGGCGUCGCAUCAACGUGGCAAUCACGAGAGCUAAGUCCAAGCUCUUGAUGGUCGGCUCUGCAACAACACUUUCAUCGGUGCCCUUUUUAGCAUCAUUGCUUGGAAUCGUGUGUGAAAGAGGGUGGUGCAUCCAGCUCCCUGCAGACGCAUUGACGAGUUUGCCGGCACAGCAAGUGGGGGGCCACCAGUAG